UUGCCCAAAAAAGAUGAUCAAGUUAACAUUCAGGAUUUGCAUGAUCCACAAACCACCACAACAUUGUUACAUGUAUGCAUAUGAAAGACGGUCAUUGUAACAUGUUAUUUUUAUUUUUUCAUUCUUGCUGCUGAAUUUGAUGCUUAAGCCAUCAAAUAACAUAGGUGAAUUGUAAAACACAGGCUGUUUGUGACUGUUUCUCACAGAUAUCUGGUUUCCCAUCCACUGGAAGCAAAACACACUGCAAGGAAGCUGGGUCGAAAAAGAAAGACGGCCAUGCAGAAUGCCAGGAAUUCUGCCCCCAACAACUCCAUCAUUCAGCCUGCAGGAUUUUACAUUGUUGCCUUGAGUUCAAUGCCUUACAAUAAUAUCUAUGUCAUGUUCCUCACUGUGCUUUAUGUGAUCACAGUCAUAUGCAAUGUCUUUCUGAUCACUAUCAUUUUCUAUGACCACCGACUGCAUGUCCCAAAGUUCAUGGCUGUUGGUAAUCUGGCUUUGGUUGAUCUUGUUCUCAGCACUUCUCUUGUGCCUGGCAUGAUAAAGACUUACCUUGUUCUAGACAAUUUUGUGCCAUUCAGACUGUGCCUUGUGCAAAUGUACAUUUACUAUGCUUUUUUAUUCCUUGAGUCAUUUUCCAUACGUGUUCUUUCCUAUGACAGAUUUGUUGCGAUCUGCUUACCUUUGUUCAACCGUAUACGUGGUGCCCUGUACCUGUAUGACCCGAUACACAGUAGGAGCCCAAGCAUCCUGUAUCUUGUUUCUACCAGCAGGUCGCUUGUUCCUGGCCUAGAAGAGCAUCGACAGGAAGACGUGGUUCUACGCCGAACAGCAAGAAAUAGGGAUUCAACAGGACAGAGAGUACCCAGCCGGGUGCGGGGCUGCAACCAUACAACCUCUGUGGAGAGAUUCACAACAUGCACUGGAAACAAGGGUUUUACAGUGGACACAAGGGAUGGUACCACGAUCAAGCCGCCAGGUAAAGACCACUUGGCCACACCUUUAAGACAGGAGUCUAUAAACACAAACACCAGAAUGGCUUACAUAAUUGUUGCAAUUUGGAUCUUUGGUUUUACUACUGUACUCUAUGGCACUUCAUCCAUCCUGACCCUCUCGUUUUGUGGCUCUCUUAUGGUCAAAAGCUAUUUUUGCGAUUAUACUCCUGUUUUAAGACUUGCUUGCAGCGAUACGACGCACCCGUGGAAUUUUGCCACUGCUUUAACUAUACUCUUCAUGGUUGUACCUUUGAUUUUUAUUUUCUUGACCUAUAUGGGUAUAUUGAUUGCUGUAUUCAGAAUGAAGAAUAAUCAGAGCCGUUAUAAGGCGCUGGCCACAUGCACCGAACAUCUCACAUUAGUGGCCAUAUUCUACAUUCCAAUUUUUAUUAUCUUCAAUCUUACAUUUUUUGAAUUUAGUUGGAACUACAAUGUAGGUCUGGUGUGCUUGUCUUUGUCGUCCCUCAUCCCACCCUGCCGACGGAUUCAUGGUCUGGAGCAUGCACACUGCCUGGUUGACUUGGUGAGGCCCAUUCUAUCCGAUGGCGGAGAUAUGCGGCGAAUCUCCAGAAAUCCAAGUCCUGUAGCCCUUCCAUCUCACACUGAGGUAGAGGAUCAUCAAGGCAACAAUUAA